CCCAAUAUGGCUGCCCCCUUGAAUAACAAACAAGCUCGGUUUUAAGUCUUAGAAACUUGAUUAUUGUGUGAAGAUUGGCGUCAGCGUGGAAAGUUUGGAAAAUUAUGUCCAGUCGGAUAUACCAGAUAUCAAAACCAUUCAGGAAAACCUUUGAGGUUGCAAAUCAAGAAGCCCUACGAUGGUUUCCAGGUCAUAUGUUCAAAAGUAUGGAACGGAUGCAUGCUAUUUUGAAGGACGUUGAUUGUGUUAUCGAAGUCCACGAUGCCAAAAUUCCGUUUUCGGGUCGGAAUCCGAGAUUCCGAGAUAUCAUAAGCUUGAGGCCACAUCUUCUACUGUUAAAUAAAAUUGAUCUAGCUGACAUCAACGCAGAAAGAAGGCUUAGCGUGGAAACUAAACUCAAAUCACAAGGAGUGGACACAAUAUUUUACACUGACCUACGGAAUUACGAAAAAAGUCUGAUCUUAAAAAAAGAAAUAUUGCCCUCUGCUAUAAAUCUAAUUGAGUCGCGGCCAAGAUAUGAACGUACAGGUUUGAAAGAAUAUAAUGUUAUGGUCAUCGGUGUUCCUAAUGUGGGAAAAUCAACCUUUAUUAAUGCUGUGCGUUGGUCUCAUAUUAAGAAGAAGGGGAAGGCCACAAAGGUUGGGGCCGUUGCUGGGGUAACCCGCAGUGUUUUAACAAAGAUCAAAGUUCACAUGGAUCCUGUGACUUUCAUCAUAGAUACACCAGGAAUCUUGACGCCCAAAAUUCCCACUGUGGAUGUCGGAAUGAAGCUAGCUGUGUGUGGCUGCAUACCUGAUCAUUUUAUAGGACAAGAUAAUGUCGCUGAUUAUUUACUAUAUUGGUUCAAUAAGCACCAGCGGUUUGAAUAUGUUGAAAAAUACGAAUUAAUCGAACCCACAGACAGUGUAACAGAAUUUUUGACUCAAGUGGCCAUAAAAUAUAAAAAAGUUAAGAAGAUUUUGGACCCUGAUACAAAUCAAUAUCGUUAUCUUCCAGAUUUUAUAGCAGCGGCAGUUAUUGUGUUAAAAGAUUUUCGAGAAGGAGCACUUGGCGUUUAUUUUUUAGAUGACAAUCAAUUGAAAUAGUCUAAAUUGUU